UGUUUCUCCGUUUCCACCAAUAAUGUGAAGUUUGAUGUGUUAUUUUAGAAACCACUUUCAAAAUGUCGCGUGCGUGUUUCUUGAUCGGAAAUGUUUGUAUUUCUCGUGUUUCACGUGCUUGUAGUAAUAUUAUAGAUGUGAAUGAUGCACUGUGUAAUAUUACAAAGAAACAUUUUCAUGUUAAUUCCUAUCCACUGUAUUCAAAACAUUGGAAUCCGAAAUUCAGAAAGGAAAGAGGACUAAAGAUGUUGAAGUUAGAAUUGCCGGAUUAUGAUGAGUUACGAAGAGAAAAGGAAUUAACGCCAGAAGAAAUACGAGCCAAAAUGAAAGAAAGAGGAAUAGCACCUCCUCGUCCGUGGAAUGAAAAGCCUAUCUUUAUAAGUUGUACAGGUGAAUUAGCUGAUCCUUACAUACCUCCUGAAGGUGAUGGGAAAGUAUCUAUUGUUUCAAAAGAGGGUGCUAAACAAAAGAUGGAGCAGCUCACUAAGAAAGGAAAGUCGCUGUUGGAACUUCGGAAGUUGCGCAAAUUCGAAUAUGAUUUCGACAUUCCGCAGUUUGCCGACAAGGCUCAGGAAAUUUACGUGGAAGCUCACAAGGCUCUGGCAGAGAAAGAUGAAGAUAAACUACACGAGUUAGUCACCGAAAAGUGUUACCCGGAAAUGAUGCACCAUGCAGAAAACAAGACCAUCCGUUGGAAGUUGGUUCAGUCGCUAGAACCUCCAAGGGUCGUCCACAUUCGAUGCAUGGAUCUAAUCACAAAAGAAAAUAUGUUUGCUCAACUAACGGUUCGAUUCCAUACUCAGCAAACUUUAGCAGUUUAUGAUCGUUUUGGGCGUCUGUUGUACGGCAGCGAACAUUUGCUAAAAGACGUACUGGAAUACGUGGUAUACGAGAAGCAUCUUUCGAAUCAGUACGGACUGUGGAGGAUUCACGGAAAAAUAAUUCCUAACUGGCUGCCGCCCAAAGAACCAGCUUUGAGAACUAUUAGAAAACCAAAUAAACAAAAACCAAAUGUUUCCAAAAAAAUUAUAACUCCAAAUCCAACUGAAACUGUAAGUGAGCCAGCCAGUCUGUAAUUAAAAUAAAGUAUGUUUGUAUUGAA